GCAACGGGCUGCGGCGGCGCUACAUCGCUGACAGGCAAUCCGGAGCGCCUCCCCUCGCCGACGAGCGCGCCGGAGGACGAGGAGAAGCGGCUCGCGGGGAGUGUCCCGCCCGCCUCUCCUCCCUCUUUCGGCCGCCUCCUCUUCCCUUUUCUCCCUGGCGGAGCUGGGUGGGCUCCUCUUUCCGAGGAGCCUGGCUGGGCACGGCUGCUGAGUGCUCCGCUGACUGCUGCGGUGCCGUGGAGGAGCGCCGAGCGCGCCAGGAGCCGGUUUCGCUCUUCACUUAGAUCUCUAGGAGACAUUGGAGGAUUCCUGAAGAGAUUACUGAACCAGAUUCAAGACAAACACAUUUCCAGGUUUGCUGGGAUGGGUAAUCUUCUUAAAGUCCUUACCAGGGAAAUUGAAAACUACCCACAUUUUUUCCUGGAUUUUGAAAGAACCAAAUGGGAAAUCUUUUAAAAGUUCUCACUUGCACAGACUUUGAUCAAGGGCCAAAUUUUUUCCUUGACUUUGAAAAUGCUCAGCCUACAGAUGGAGAGAGGGAAAUAUGGAACCAAGUCAAUGCUGUCUUACAGGAUUCGGAGAGCAUGCUUUCGGACCUGCAGUCCUACAAAGGAGCUGGACAGGAAAUAAGAGAUGCAAUACAAAACCCCAAUGAUAUCCAACUUCAGGAGAGAGCCUGGAACUCAGUGUGUCCUUUGGUUGUGAGGUUGAAGCGGUUCUAUGAAUUUUCUCUCCGGCUAGAGAAAGCACUGCAGAGUUUACUGGAAUCCUUGACCUCCCCUCCCUAUGCACCAACUCAGCACUUAGAGAGAGAGCAAGCCCUAGCAAAACAGUUUGCAGAGAUCUUGCAUUUUACUCUCCGCUUUGACGAACUCAAGAUGAGAAACCCUGCGAUACAGAACGACUUCAGCUAUUAUAGGAGGACGUUGAAUCGCAACAGAAUAAACAAUAUGCAUCUCGGCAUUGAGAGCGAAGUGAACAACGAGAUGGCUAACAGAAUGUCCCUGUUUUAUGCAGAAGCUACCCCAGUGCUGAAAACACUGAGCAAUGCCACAACACAUUUUGUUGCAGAAAACAAAACCCUACCAAUCGAGAAUACGACCGAUUGUCUAAGUACGAUGGCCAGCGUAUGUAAAGUCAUGCUGGAAACGCCAGAAUACAGAAGUCGGUUCACCAGCGAAGAAACCCUUAUGUUCUGCAUGAGAGUGAUGGUUGGCGUCAUCAUUCUCUACGACCACGUUCAUCCCGUGGGAGCGUUCUCCAAAGCCUCAAAGAUUGAUAUGAAAGGCUGCAUAAAGGUUUUAAGAGAAGAGCCAGCAGACACAGUUGAAGGCCUUUUGAAUGCUCUCAGGUUCACCACGAAACACCUGAACGACGAGUCUACUUCGAAACAAGUUCGAGCUAUGCUUCAGUAGCGCCCUCCUUUUGACAAAUGGACUUUUGUAUU